AUGUUUUCAAAGACGUUAGCCACUAUUGGGACCACGCCACACACGCACUUGCCAAUCGUUAACCCCUUCUUCAAUCUUCUCAUACUCUCCACCCACUUCCUCCUCCUUCCCAGAAAACCCUUCAGGAAGCCGUUUCACGCUCGCCGGAAUGUUCACCACUAUCCAGUGGUGGGUGCCGCCGGGCGCCCCGUCGGAUCCACCGCAUCAAUGUCCUGCACCACAAGGGCCAUGCUCUUGGUUUUGGGAGGCACGUUGUGCCACUCCAGCGGGGGAGAAAUGUCCUACUUUGAGCCGAUACCUUCUUGUGUGCAGUAUCUUGGGAGGUUUCCCUUCCCUUCCUUGUCAAUUGCUGGUGAAACCAACCUGAAUCCGGUGCUGUCCAUGGAUAAAGUUUUAGAGUCUCUUGAAAGGGUUAUAGCGUGA